AUGGUGACGGUAGAUAUGAUGUGGAGUGUUCAUGGCUAUGACUGUGUGUAUGGCCAUGCGAAUGAGAGUGGGAGUGACCAUGAUCGUUUUCGUGUUCAUUUUCAUGGAGAGUUUCGGAGUGAUUGCGAGGAUUAUUAUGCAGACUCGAGGUCGAUUGAUUCAACGGCCUUGAUCUAUUCGCAGAGUAUUGUGAUGAUCGGCUUGAAUGUGAAUGUGAGGGAGAAUGCGAAUGUGAAUGUCCGUGUCCGUGGCCAUGUCCAUGAUGACUAUUCGUAA